CUGGUAUUUAUCACCUUCUCGGCGGAAGUGAUGCACGACGCACUGACGUGGCCGGAAACCCGCCAUCUUGAGGGAGGAAACGCCUUGAAGUUAAGGAGGAAACUUGAACUAGGAGUGAAAAAGGCACCUCUCAAACAUGGGCAACAUAUUCGCAAACCUCUUUAAAGUCUUCGGCAAGAAGGAGAUGAGAAUUCUUAUGGUGGGUCUCGAUGCUGCUGGAAAGACGACGAUUCUGUACAAGCUAAAGCUGGGCGAAAUUGUUACCACCAUCCCAACAAUCGGUUUUAAUGUUGAAACUGUGGAGUACAAGAAUAUAAGUUUCACAGUUUGGGACGUCGGCGGUCAAGAUAAGAUUCGACCAUUGUGGCGCCAUUAUUUCCAGAACACACAAGGUCUGAUCUUUGUGGUUGACAGCAACGACAGAGAGCGUGUGAAUGAGGCGCGAGAGGAGCUGAUGAGGAUGUUGGCUGAGGAUGAGCUCAGGGAAGCAGUUCUGCUCGUGUUUGCCAACAAACAGGACUUACCGAACGCCAUGAAUGCUGCGGAAAUCACGGACAAGCUGGGGCUGCAUUCGCUCCGGCACAGGAACUGGUACAUUCAGGCCACGUGCGCCACAAGCGGCGACGGCCUCUAUGAAGGACUCGACUGGUUGUCCAAUCAACUGAAAAACCAGAAAUAAUGACCUCACUGUACUGAUCUUCCUUAGUUCCAUAUUCUCAACACUUGCUUUACUUUUGUUUUUAAACAAACGGUGCUGGAAGCUGCGCUCAUUUCAAACCCCAUUAACACGGAAAAACAGGGCCCUACAGCGGGAAGAACGUUGUUGAAGUGUUGCCCUCUCGUUUAAUGUAAAUAGUUUUUUGUUGUGAGGCAGCUUUUUGAGCACCAUUAUGCAAAAUAGAUUUAGUCUUUCGUUGUUUAUUUCUGUCUUUUUCCGUUCUUACCGUUUGAGUCAUCGGAAAGAGUUUCGGUCCUGUAAACUCUGUCAGGUCUCAACUGAAUCUUGCACAUGUAUUAUUUUAUUGUGCUUAUAAUAAGGCUCUCUCUUAGAAGUACUGUAAACAAAGCUGUUAUGUUUGUCUUGAACGGAGUACAGGAAAUCAUUAUGGACACUACCUGCACAUAUUACGGUUCAAUUUUGAGUAAAAAAAAGAAACCAAAAAUGAUUACACUGUCUUCUCAGCAAAGGCUGAAGUGACCUCUAGCUUUACUGUCGUGAUGCUUUAGGAGCCAUAGAGGUGUGACGUCAGCUACACAAAGAUUACAACAUAUAUUUUUCCUGUUAUGAGAUUCCCAAUACACAACAUGUUUCGUUGUGAGUAUGUGGGAGAAAUGUUGGCGAGGCUCAGGUUAAUCAAGGUUUGUAGUAGGGUGAAGUAAAACAUUCAGGCACGGAACAGUAAUGGAAAUAUUUUUUUAAGGGGACUGGAGGUUGUUUCAUGAAAACAAUGUGACUAUAUAAAAAAUGUAAUUGUUUUAUAAAAACAGGCUUCAUUUUCUUUAUGCAAAAUAUUACGUUUAUUUUAUUUUUGGGUGGUGAAAUGUGACCUGGACAUUUCUUUUCUUUUUAGAUUUACCCAGAAAAGAAACUGAAACAUUGGUUUUAAUUUAAUGCACCUAGCAUUAAAUUUCAUGUUGUGUUGACACUUUUAAGUGUUACUUUCUAUUUCUUACAUUGAACUCAAACUCUAGUCUAACCACCACCAGAAAUAAACAACAGCCUCAUCUCUAACCACAUGCUAUAACUUGGUCUCUAACAAAAUCAGUUGUGUUCCUUUUAAAAGAAGACAUAACCUGAAAGCAUAUCUCAAUAGUGUUGGCAUGUUAAUAUCAAUGACAACUGUUUGAGUUUUCUGUUGUGCAUGUAGAAGUCAUUUUUCCCCAGCGUAACCAUGGUGCCUUUAUGGUAAACAGAGACUCCCGUUUCAGAUUAACAACCUUCAUGGUCACUUUUAAGGCGAUGUUAGGACUGAUGGUUUAAAAGUUACUUUAUUAUUUAUCUUUUUCUCUCUCUUUCCCAAUUAACCUCUAAUUUGGUAGACACUGAUUACUUUGGGUCAAAAUUAUGUGAAUCUCUUAGCAAAAUGUUGUAUAGUGUGACUCUUAACCUAUGUUUUUUUAAUUAUUCAUUUUGACAGAAAUGCACUGUAAUUAAAGAUACUAGUAUAACUGGA